GAUAACUCCCCUAUCCACAAAGUGAGGGCAAUAACUGAUCUGUUUGAGCACCAUAAUAUUCACAUUCUUGAUUGGCCCGCUUACUCACCAGAUAUAAACCCCAUCAAGAAUUUGUGGGCAAUACUUAAGGGAAAAGUGGAGAAAGAAGUUAGCGAAUUGCAUGAAAAAUCAUAUUUCAGAGGUAAUUGA